AUGACCUGGGCUGAUAUGUUCCAGAACAAGUCUCUGAAACGUCAGCUUAGGGAGAUGGACGACCGCUUCUCAGCCACGUCGGCCGCCCACCGGGAUUCGGCGAGACGCCUGCAGGAGGAGAGCAACGAUCUGAAGGAGGAGAGGGGCCGACACCUCCGGGAGUACCAGGACCUCCUGGCCCUGGCCCUAUGGAGAUCACCACCUACUGGAAGCUGCUGGAUGGGGAGGAGAGCAGGAUCCAUUCCCCCUUUCAGGAUUGCUCUUCCCUUCCAUAGCUCCUGCAACAUGCAUUUUAGAGAAGGGCAAAGGCCCUGUGAAGAGGAGCAUCCCGGUGCACACUGUGGACCACAAAGAUGGGGAGGUCAUCAAGGACUGAACCACUGUGCACUAAAGAUUUUAUCUGUUCCUUCAUGA